GACUCCUUCAUUUCCCACUACCGGAACACUAUGCAUCUCGCCUGUUUCUCCUAAUCCGGCAAGGAAAACAUGGCCCAACCCAUGCUCACUUUUAUCGAUGCUGGCCCGCUGGAGGAGGCUCAAGCGCAGCAGAUGCGCCGGGAGAUCAGGUCGCACGUAGCCCGAGUUGUUGUAUCGCGUUACCAGGCAUCCCGCUCAACUCAACGGCCACCGCACAAAAGGCGCCGCGAGCCGAAUCCCACUUGGGAUCUUCGUAUCAGUCCACGCGCCAGCCCUGCCGUCGCCAGUCCAAAAGAACGAACGGAAGAAGAGCAACCAGAAGAAAGGGCGCCGACACCACCAUCUGGCCCUGCGACGGCGAGUAACAGCAGACUCCAGCAUGCGCCCUCUGCAGCGAGCAUGAUUCCAGCCUCAAAGAGCCCGAUCUACCACCAUCCUCUUGUUUCCGUAGUGCUGGAUAAUUACCUUAAGCACCUGGCCGUGGCCGUGCCAGAACUCGACGGCGAUAGUCGGUCCAUACUUCUCCAGACUCUGUGGUUCCCCAUGGUUCUCAGCUCGCCGAUCGUCUUUCAGGUCAUCGUGUUGUUCUCGGCGUCUCAUUAUGCAGCAAGGCAAAACGAUAUAACGCUGGCCGAGUCAAUCUUGUUGCUCAAACAAUGCGCCAUUUCCGGUAUUGCGCAGGCCCUGUCUCCCGCCUCGAAAGGGAUCGUCUUUCGAGACGAGAUCAUCGCCGCCGUCGCUAAGAUGGCGAGCUACGAGGCGGUCUUUGGGGACGAGAGAGCAUACCACUGUCACAUGGACGCGGUGAAAAAGAUGUUGGAAGUAAGAGGCGGACUGGCCGCUCUGGGGCUCGAAGGGUUCCUCUCACGGCUACUGGUGUUCAUCGACACCAACUCGGCAUUCCUCCUCAACACCCCGUUGCAUCUGAGUGGUUCGUCCUUGCCGAAACUGGCGAAUCAAUUCAUCAUGCCGAAUCCCAGCCGCUUCAUCGGUGAGGUUUAGAGAGCCGUUCCAUCGACAAAAUUCGGAAGGCGCAGGGAACCAACU